AUGGAGCGAGCAUUCAAACGACAGCGACGUGCCGGAGAGAUGGAGGGACCGCCGCCGACAGACCGUGUGGAAUCCUUGAACCGGCCAAUAAGUCCUCCCAUGAAGAGAAAACAGCCAGGCAUGCGUAUCAAGUCGCCGUUUCAGCUGACAACCAUACGGGAUCUCCCUGAGGCUGCCAACCGCGACUGCGUCGGCCUCGCUGACAUCCUGGGCGAUCCAAUGAUUGCAGAGUGUUGGGAGUUCAACUUCCUGCACGACAUACACUUUCUCAUGAGCCACUUUGACGAGGAUACCAAGAACCUAGUCAAAGUUCACGUCAUUCACGGUUUCUGGAAGAGAGAAGACCCAAAUCGCAUAGCCCUUCAGGAAGAGGCAGGAGCUUAUCCCAAUGUUGAGCUACACGGGGCUUUCAUGCCAGAGAUGUUUGGCACUCACCACACUAAAAUGAUGGUAUUGAUUCGGCAUGACGACUCAGCCCAAGUGAUCAUACAUACGGCCAACAUGAUCGCCAAAGACUGGACGAAUAUGACCAAUGCUGUCUGGAGGUCACCUAUCCUGCCACUCCUUCCGGAGAAGGUCGUUGACGGGAACGACUCAGCGGAUAGUCAUCCGGUCGGCACGGGAGAAAGAUUCAAACAUGACCUUCUCAGCUAUCUCAAAGCGUACAACACACGGAGACCAAUUCUCAUAGACUUGGUCGAAAAGUUGCGCAGAUACGACUUUUCAGGUGUACGUGCAACACUCAUUGCUAGCGUCCCCGGCCGACACCCCAUUCACGACACAUCGCAGACAACCUGGGGAUGGCCAGCCCUCGAGAGAGCACUGCGCAAUGUUCCGGUCCAAGAAGGGAAGUCUGAAAUUGCGGUUCAGAUUUCAUCCAUUGCUACUUUGGGGGCCACCGACAGCUGGCUCCAAAGGUGCCUCUUCGACUCCCUAGCCGAAUCCAGAAACAAAUCCCUUGCGACACCCAGGCCAACGUUCAAGGUCGUCUUCCCUACCGCGGACGAGAUUAGGCAAAGCUUGGACGGCUAUGCUUCAGGAGCUUCAAUCCACACCAAGACUCAAUCACAGCAACAGGCGAAGCAAUUGGCUUACUUGCGGCCCAUAUUCUGUCACUGGGCAAACGAUUCGCCUAAUGGCAAAGCGUUGAGCGAUGAUUCAGUUGUAAAAGAAGCCGGCAGACAACGGGCAGCACCUCACAUCAAGACAUACAUCCGCUAUGGCGAGAAGUCGAUAGAUUGGGCCCUGGUCACAUCUGCCAAUAUUUCCAAACAAGCGUGGGGUGAAGCGGCAAGUGCAUCGCAGGAAGUCAGGAUCGCGUCGUGGGAAGUCGGAGUGCUUGUGUGGCCUUCACUCAUCGCAGACAAAGCGACCAUGGUGGGGACAUUCGAAACAGACUUGCCACCAAACGAUGCGGGGGACGGCGACCCGGUGGUCGGUCUGCGAAUUCCUUAUAGCCUACCUCUGCAAGCAUAUGGAAAGGACGAGAUCCCUUGGGUGGCGACGAUGGCCUAUGACGAACCGGACAGGCUAGGAAGAGCUUGGGGUGCUUGGGAGAACUGA